AUGGAAAGUGAGGAUAAUGAUAAUAAAAUGCUACCUGUUGGUUCGGCGGUUACAUUGAAAGGUAAGCAAUAUCGUAUCCAAUCAGAGCUCUACAAUGGACCAUUUAGCAAAGUUUAUGCAAUCAAUGAAGGCUGCAUGCAAUAUGCGAUGAAGAUUGAGCGAACAACAGGAUCGAAAAGGCCUGUAUUGAAAUUGGAUGCAUUAGUGCUAAAGCAACUUAAUCAUCAAAAUAUUGCCGCGGGAUUUCCACGUUUAAUUGCUGCUGGCAGGACACCACUUUACAAAUAUAUCAUCAUGGAAUUGGUUGGUCCAGAUUUACAACGCCUGAGACGCUCGAUACCAGCAAAAAAAUUCAGUCUCUCGACAGCUCUUAAACUUGCAUCGCAAACAUUAAGACGUAUCGAAGCACUUCAUGAUAGCGGCUGGCUUUGCCGUGAUGUUAAAGCGAAUAAUUUUUGCAUUGGGAGGAAAAAUAUGGGAUUAAUUUACAUGCUUGAUUUUGGUUUUGCACGACGAUUCAUUCGUGAAAAUGGUACAUUGAUUGAGCGGCGAAAUGCAGCCAGUUUAAUGGGUACAAUAUAUUAUGCACCGAUGAGUGCACAUAAUUUUUCGGAACAAUGUCGAAAAGAUGACUUGGAAUCAUGGUUUUAUAUGAUCAUUGAAAUGAUCGUUGGAAAUUUGCCGUGGUUCAUCCAUGAUCCCAAAAGAGAGUAUUUGUUAGUUGGUGAAUGGAAAAAAUUCACACGUGGUUCCGGUAGACAAUUACUACUUGGCGAUUCUCCUCAGGAAUUUGAGAAAAUUCUUGAUAUCAUCGACCAAACGGCGUAA